AUGGCUGCCGCAGAUUCUGUGCAGCAGAGACGUCAGUACAGACGACGGAACCAGCAGUCUUCAUCUGAUUCUGGCUCCGCUUCUUCCUCAGAAGAUGAGCGACCCAAAAGGUCCCAUGUGAAGAAUGGUGAGGUAGGCAGGCGGCGGAGACAUUCCCCUUCCCGGAGUGCCUCUCCAUCACCUCGAAAGCGCCAGAAAGAGACUUCCCCUCGUGGUAGUCGGAGGAGGACCCCCUCCCCACCACCACCCACCAGAAGGCGCCGAUCUCCUUCUCCUGCCCCUCCUCCUCGAAGGCGCAGGCCUCCCACACCGCCACCUCGACGAAGGACUCCUUCUUCUCCUCCCCCCCCCCCCCCCCCCCGGCGCCGCUCACCUUCCCCAAGAAGCUACUCUCCUCCAAUACAGAGGAGAUACUCUCCUUCUCCGCCUCCAAAGAGAAGAACGGCUUCUCCCCCUCCCCCUCCCAAACGUAGGGCAUCGCCAUCUCCACCACCAGAGCGCCGGGUCUCCCAUUCUCCACCUCCCAAACAAAGAAGCUCCCCGGAAAGGGUCUUCCCCGAGCCGAUCUACCCGGGAGCCCCGGUCACCACAACCAAACAAACGGCAUUCUCCCUCACCACGGCCUCGAGCUCCUCAGACCUCCUCAAGUCCUCCACUGUUCGAAGAGGAGCACCAUCAUCACCCCAAAGAAGGCAGUCCCCAUCUCCAAGUAAUAGGCCCAUUAGGAGAGUCUCCGGGACUCCGGAACCCAAAAAGACAAAGAAGGCUGCCUCACCAAGCCCUCAGUCCGUAAGGAGGGUUUCAUCCUCCCGAUCUGUCUCAGGAUCUCCUGAGCCGGCAGUUAAAAAACCCCCAGCACCUCAGUGUCCUGUCCAGUCUCAGUCACCCUCUACCAACUGGUCACCAGCGGUACCGGUCAAAAAGGCUAAAAGCCCAACACCAAGCCCAUCUCCGGCAAGGAACUCAGACCCAGAAGGAGGUGGAAAGAAAAAGAAGAAAAAGAAGGACAAGAAACACGAAAAGGAUAAGAAGCACAAGAAGCACAAAAAACACAAGAAGGAAAAGGCCGUGGCUGCAGCCGCUGCGGCUGCUGUAACCCCUGCAGCCAUUGCUGCUCCCACAACCCCAUCAGCACAGGGGGAACCAGAAGCGGAGCCCGAGCCUAAGAAGGAGACCAAAAGCGAGCCCGAAGACAACCUCGAUGACUUAGAAAAGCACCUGCGUGAAAAGGCGCUGAGGUCGAUGCGGAAGGCUCAAGUGUCCCCACAGUCUUAGGUGGGAAUGUGUGUUACGAUGUACAUUUUAUUUGGUUUGUAUGCAAUUCAGUUUCAAAAUUGCUAAAAUGUGUUUGAGCUUUAGACUAUAACAUUUGUUGUAAUAAUUGCUAGGUUGAAGUUCACCAUGUUAAAAAAAAAAGGGCAUGGAUUUACAUUGCAAAAGGUGUCCACAGUGUAUUAGUGACAUUCUUUCAUUGACAGCUGACAUAAAUUUCAUUUAGAGUGAAAUAUUUUAAGCCAAAAAAAAAAAUCCCCUUUUUAAAAAAGGCGGUUUCAAUAUUGUUGGCAUUCUUACGGUUUCUUUAAAGGCCUUGGCUAUUCCCAGAGGUUUUCCUUUCUUUUCGGUUUUUUUCCCCCUUUAUUUUUUCUCAUUUGAGUCUUAGCACCCAUUUAAGUUAUGAUGCUUCCAACCUUGUAUGGUUUGCAAGCUAGCCCAGAAGUAAGACCACUGUUGAACUACCACAAAAGUAUAAAUGAACAUUUUGAUGCCACAAUCUUUCCUGUUGCCUGUGGAGUCUCUGCUGAAAUGAAUCCAGAUUCGAGCUCUAGGAUGAGACGGAAAAUGAAAGCAUGUUGUUUGCCAGGACACUGUGGGUUUAUAUGGAUGUGUAACAAGUUGAUUUGGAACACUGGAAUUUCAUUCUAUUCUGUUGUGUUUUUUUUGUAAAGGCAAUUAACUAGUCCCAGGAAGGAUCCUUCAGUUACAUAAAAGUUUGUUUUAUGAAAUGUCACGGCUCCAUUCAUAAUUUUGUCUUGUUCUUCCAACUGGUAUAUACAACUUUCAGAGCUCUCUCAUAUUUGGAACGCUGGAAGGGCCCAGACUUUGAAAUAGUGUCUUGUUUUCACUGUUUCUGUUUUGGGUUUUUUUUUGUUUUUUGUUUUUUAAACUAAAGCUAUAUAAAGCUUGUGGAUUAAA